UUUGCAGCAGACCGCCCAGUCACAGAGCUCUGUUUCGCUUUCAGUCUGCGGAUCAUAACGGUUUCACAGCAAGGCGUUGAAAGCACGAGACUAUCCUACAGCGAUUUAUUUGCUUCCGUCCUUCUCUGGUGAUAAAACCGGGCGAGCGCGCGAGAGAGAGAGAACGCGCAGUAAAGGGAAGACGCGGCGUGUUUUCAUUAGGUUACGUUUCCGAGGAAUGAUCCAUCCAUCUGUCGAACACGUUUUACGAGCACGGACGUCCUUCUUCACGCAUUGGACGUAGACUUUCGCAGCACCGGAGAGUUUUGAGCAUGCACGGCGCUUAAACAGAGCAAACCCAACAGUUUUUAACAAACACUUGGACCGAAUUACGGCGUCUCGUCGCUUCGUCGACACUCUCGAUUUGAUCUCUGGAUGUAUUUUUGCUGCUCUUGUGUCCUGCGGUGAUGUGCACCGUGCCAAACGCGCGUAGAUGUUGUGAGAUAACACAAUAUGUUGCAGUUUUGGGGGGUUUCAGCUCGGAUUUGUCUUAUUUCAUGCGCUAAACUUCAGUGUUGCCCUGUUUGGUCAUGAGUCUUCAGCAGCAGCAGCAUUAGAAAGCAGUGUGCGAGCACGUUGAUGCUUGGCGUUUUAAUAUGCAUGAAUGUGAUGCUUUCUCUUUUUAAAGUGCUUUCACGCUCAUAAGGCUUCAGUUUAGUCUUCUAGACAUCUGUAUGUUGGUAGGGACGUAGCUUGAAUUGUGGUUGUGCAUGACAUAAUAGGCCACUUUAACUUUUUAAGUUCAUAAAGCGUCAUUAUCUUCAGUGCAGGCAUUUGCUUGCCUAAUAAGGUGUUUAAUUAUGCAUAAAUGACUUAAGUUGGCUGUGCAUAUUUUAGACUACGCAAUUGCUGCUUAACUUUUCAAAGUGCAUUUACGUGCAUAAACGCGUUAUUUCGCUUUCCAGUUGAGCAUCAUUGUCAUUUUCUGAAAGCAGUGUGUUUACUUGCUUUUAAAGCGUUUCGACUUGCUUUGAUGUGAUGACUUUUUGCUGUGCAUAUUAUUAUAUGCUACUUAAAUGCUGCUUUAACUUAGAGUACUUUUAAGUCAACGUAGUUUAAGUUUUGGCUGUGCAUAACAUUUUGUUGAUUUAUUGGCAUUUAAGAAUUUAAUGUCUCAUUUCGGUCUCCCGGAUGAGAUGUUGCAUGACUGCUCUGAAACUAAAGGAAGCUGGUUUUGAAGCAGUGAGCGCGCACUGAUGCGCAAUGACGCUGUUGUUGUGCGCAGAUAUGUUGACGCCACCUGUGGUCUCUUAAAUAGAUUGUUUCGGGAAGAUUUAAGCACUUUGACCAGGAGAGAGUUCAGUUUGCACAGGAGACGUGUUGCUUGCGCUUUCUAACCAAGGUGUGUAUCCUCGUGCUUAAGUGGAGAGUUUAAAUGGUGCUCCGUAAGUUACCCGGUGUCUCAGCAUCGGGCAUGGGGCUUCGUCUGUCUCAGAAAUUCGUGUUUCUGCUGUUCCUGUCGGGGUUGGUUACUCUGUGCUUCGGGGCACUUUUCUUUCUACCCGACACCGUGCGCCUGAAGCGCAUCUUCCUCUCCAAGAACGAGAAUCCCGCGGUGACCGUAGGCUCCGAAAGUGUGCUUUCCAAAAAGGUGCCCGGGGAUCCAGAGCAUCAGCGGGCGGGUUUAAAAGGGGGCGAGGGGGCGAAUGUCAAACUGAAAGUGAGUCGCAAGCCCUCGGUCACCCAUGGAGCGAGAACCGUGGUCAGAUCUGUUGGGACUAGAGCGCAGGACGAGUGGAGUCCGGCGAAGGCGCACGAACCGGCGGCCAGGGACGAGCGGGUCACCUCGCCCGCGCAUGACGGGCAACGCGGGAGCGCGUACAGCUAUGAGGCGUUUAAAAAGUGUCUGCACAAACCAGCUUUGGGGAAGAACAAGGGAACUCCAUCGGAUUCCGAGACGCUUCAGCGGAGGGAGAAAGUCAAAGAGAUGAUGAAGUUUGCCUGGGACAGCUAUAAACUUUACGCUUGGGGAAAGAAUGAACUACGACCUCUGACCAGGAAUGGACACAUUGGGAAUAUGUUUGGCGGUCUCAGAGGCGCUUCAAUCGUGGAUUCUCUGGACACGCUGUACAUCAUGGGGCUGAUGGAGGAGUAUGAAGAAGCGAAGGAAUGGAUCCAAAACGACCUGGACCUGAACUCGGUGAGCAAACAUGGCUGGCUUGUUUCUCCGUGGAUUAGCAGCUCUGAAUGUAAUGCGGUCUGAAGCCCUUGUGGAAAA